AUGACUGAUGAAAAGACCAAGGGAGGAUUCAAGACUGAGAACAAUGACCAUAUUAAUUUGAAGGUGUCAGGACAGGAUGGUUCUGUGGCACAGUUUAAGAUUAAGAGGCAUACACCACUUAGUAAACUAAGGAAGGUCUACACACCUACACAGUUGGAAAUGGAGGCUGAAGAUACAAUUGGUGUGUUCCAGCAGCAGACAGGAGGCAUCUACUAAAAAGGGAACCUGCUAC